CGUAAUUUCGGAACCACAAACAAGAACAUCAUCGUCUACCUUCCACCAGCCAAUGCUUCCUUUCAAUGCUUUUUUAGCAGACGACGUUUGUUAUCUCAAAGAAAGCCUWCAUCAAGAGGGCUCGAAACGAUUGAUAGAAGUUGCGUGGGCGUACGACAUCUGUGUCACGCAACAAUCUCUUGCAAUGCCAAGUGUGUAUUUAUCAUCAAUAUAAGACUGAAAAAUCACAGAAUAAUCUAUGGUCAUGACUWCCACUUUCUUAUCUGUUGCUAUGACUGAUCUUGAUAUCCACAAGAGUAGAUGUCAUAGUCAGCCAUGCAUCGCUGAACAAUUUUCUACWAUCUCCCAAGACGAUGCAGCUCGUUCCUUUUUAGUCGAAACAAAUGCUGAUGCAGACGACGCCUCUUCUAUAUCAAUCUCACUGUCAUCUGGCGUUUUUCCUGUAGAAAAACUUUACGGAAGGGAAAUCCAGAAAGCCUCAUUAUUUGACGCCUAUGAUCGUAUUGUCCGAAAACGAACAGCAACCGAUGUAGGCAAUGAAAUGAAUAAUGAACAAGACUUCAUUUUGGUGUCGGGUAGUGCCGGUACGGGCAAGACAAGUCUAGUUGAGUUAUUGCGCCAAAAGAUACAACAUGAAGGUGGUUAUUUCUGUACUGGAACAGUCGAUCAGUUCAACCAACGAGGCCCUAUUGCACCGCUUGCUGACGCUUUUGCAGACUACGUUCAGCAACUUUUCAAUCAAGGCGACCCGAUCGAAAUUUACGAGACACAAUGUCGGAUACGAACUACUAUUGAUGAAACUGAGCUAGAGAGGUUGCAAGGCAUCGUACCUUCCUUGAAACGAUUGCUCGGAAACGAUACGAUAAAGAGUAUCCAAUACGAUAGCGAAGAGGAAGACUAUGUUGAUAUCAAACACGAAUCCGAUAUCCAAGAUGAGAACAUGGAAAAGCGAGGACGUUGCUUCUUUGCAAUGGCAAAGCUUAUGCGAACAAUUGCUAGAUCGAAACAAUCUGUGGUGAUAGUGAUCGACGAUUUGCAUUAUGCCCAAGAACACGUAUUUGAGUAUCUGAAGGGGAUGGUAUUAGAUGAUAGAAACAAGUCGAUGGUAUUUUUGGGCAUAUGCCGAUCUGACAUCCUACCAUCGGACGCCCCCAUUACCAAGUUUUUAAGAGGGAUAGAGGACAGUUCAGUCCGAAUAACCAACAUUGAGCUAGAAAAUCUGGAUUUUCAUGAUGUGGAAGACAUGGUCAAGGACUGUUUUCUGCGGUCACAUGAACAAAUCACCUCUCUUUCAAAUUUCAUGUUCAAGACUUCUGCUGGCAACCCCCGCUCACUUGUCACCAUUGUUGAAAGUAUCCRAGUCGAACCUAAUUUCUUAUUUUACGACAACGCGAUCAACACUUGGAGCAUCAACACGCAUAUUGCAGGGAAUCUUMUGAACCACUGUCCUUAUCCUUUGUUGSAAAAGAAACUUGAUUCAUACCCUUCCAAAGAAAAGGAGGUACUGAUGGUCAUGGCUUGUUUGGGAUCAUGCUCCACACUAAAUAUGAUUCAAGAAGCUCUUCAAGAAUAUGUCAGCGAUGCUAUCACACAACUAGUCAAGAGGGGAAAUUUAAAGCACGACGCAAACAUGAAUACGUAUACGAUACGCUCUAAUGCAGUUCAAGAGGCAUGCUAUUCUCUUAUUGGAGAAGAUAUACAGCCAGGAUUUCAUCUUGAGAUUGGGCUUCGCCUGAUGCGGUAUCUACCUGCCGAAGAACUCGAUGACAACUUAUUUUGUGUCGUGCGACAAAUGCAAUUAGGUGUAAACCUACUUCAAGCUCAGGACCAAGAAACGAAAUACAAAGUUGCCAUUCUAUUCGUCAGAGCAGCAGAAAAAGCCACCGUGAGUUUCUCAUUUAGAGAAGCUCACGAUUAUCUGAGUGCCGCACACAGCCUUUUAGGUCCUAGUCAUUGGAUCGACGCAUAUAAAUUAAGUCUUUCACUGUAUAACAAUUUGGCUGAGACCGAAUUCAUUCUUCAUGACGGUGAUCGUGUCGAUAGUCUCUUGUCGGAUAUCGAUAAAUUCGGUCGAAAYCUCUCAGAUAAACUGAGGGCAUACACUACAAUGGUUCAUGUAUUGGGGGUUCGAGGCCAGAAAAUUGCGGCGAUUGAUAAGGGGAUUUCGAUCCUAGCUGACUUAAAUGUUCAUUUGCCAAGACACCRAAGUGCAGCCAAGUUYGUCUUGUCCCUCGCAAAAAUCGAGCGAGGACUGAAGCGAAAAACGAAUGAAAUGCUUUUGCGAUUGCCCCGCAUGGAAGAUGAAAAGCAAUCAAGGGCGAUGAAAAUACUGAACUUGCUAUUUGUUUAUAGCUUCGAGUAUUGCCCAGACCUAUUUCCMUAUGUUGUCUUCAAAAUGAUGAAAAUAACCCUAACGCAAGGAUUGAGUGCCAUGUCUUCAGUGGCAUUUGCAGGGUACGGUGCCUUGCUCUGUUUAUUGGGGAAAGUGGAUCAUGGACAAAGGUACGGGGACCUUGCCCUAGAUAUCACGAAUCGAUAUUCUACUAUUUUGUUCAACUCUCGUUGCAUCGCAAUGGUCUAUGGCAUCAUCAGACCUUCUAUCGCGCCAUUUCAGUAUUCUUUCGAAAUCCUGCGAGAAGGCCAUCGUGUGGGUCUAUUAUCUGGGGAUAUUGACUGCGCAAUGCUUAAUGCACAUUUGCAAUUUGGUUUAAUGAUGGUUAUGACCGACGGCAUUAAAGUGGUAGAUAUCAUAGGAAGUAUGAAGAAAUUGAUCGAUCUGACUGAAAGAAAUGGUCAUGCUCAUCACGUAAGUUACGCUAGAAGAUGUGCUUGAGGUGCUUUCUUCACUCUUGCAUUUCCGCACUUAACUGAACUCUCUUUUCUUAAUUGUGAAAUCAGUUAAGACUACUUUACAACCUCAUAUCAUUACUGGAAAUUGGCUCAAAUCCAGACGAAGAUCUGUUGAAUUGUCUCACUCCAAUUGAAGAUGGAUUGAAACAUGCGUUGGACACUCGAAGUGCUUUUGCUCUUACAACUAUGUGCAACUUGAAGAGUUUCUUUUUGCUAAUGGCUGGACAAUUCCAACUUGGUUUGGACGCGACCGCUUUCAGCAAGACCGUAUUGAAUAGUAUCACCAUGAAAACGGAUCAAUCCAUUCUAAAUGGGUUUCUCCUUUACGUGCAAGGACUUUUAACUUUUGGAGCAGCGCGACAGCAAACGAACCAAACGAUCCGGAAUAAAUUGAUCCGUCGUGGAAAGAGAACAGUGAAUGUUAUGAAAGUUUUUACAUCGAAAAAUCCAACAAGGUUCGGUGGUCAACUCGCCCUUUUAGAAGCAGAGUUUGCAGCACUUUCACACAAUUACACUCUGGCGAAACAAAAAUACACCGAGGCAAUUGAAUUCGCUGAUGCYCACGAACGGCUUGUCGAGGUUGGUCUUGCCAAUUUUUUCAAAGGUUUGCAUUUAUCUAACGACAUGAGAAAUCCAACAGAUGGUAUAGUGUAUUUUGAAAAUGCAAUCCGAAAUUACGAUGAAUUUGGAUUAUGUGUUGCGGGCAAAUAUUGUAGAGAGAUUGUGAACAAUAUGAAAGARUAAAGAUACAACCAACCACUCUUUAGCGACGAUCGGCUACGUUUAGACAAAAGGUCAACUCUGUUUUGCGCAAAACGAAGCUGAAGCCUCUGCUUUGAAGUAGUUUUAAAAUGUUGUUAAAUAACAAUUUYGUUACUAUCAACACGCCUCUUCAAUCCGCUCCAUUCCAUCUCUUCUGAUUCUCAACCAGGUAGGUUUGUAGCGACAGCAGAUGUGACAAACCCUACUGAGUGUUUCCCCCAUUUCUUCGGUGCUCUUUGGCAAAGCCGAGUCAUCUAAGCUACCUGCACAAGGCCAUAUAGUAUCGGGUUGUUCAUCGUAGACAAUAGUCAUCACACUUUGGCACAUAUUACAAACGUGGCGGCUACCGAAAGGCGUCGUUCGGACGAGUUGUAACGCAGAAGACGAUGUCAAUGUUUCUGUUUCUACUCCUUUCGUACAGACAAUCCAUCGAAAAUUUCGCUUCUCUACCGGAAUCCAAGUCAUGAACGGACUCCCUGAUAGUUCUCGGCACAGCCGACAAUAGCAAUGUUGCAUCUCGGUCGGAUGCGUGAGAAUAAAUUCAUAACGACAUGCUCCGCAAGCACAUCCACCGAACCACUCCAACGGGGUUGGUAACGUUUGGCAAUGAUCGUCAUCAUAGAUAUAGUCACGGUCUUCAUUUUCGGGGAGAGCGCGUGCCCAAACAGAUUUCGUUUUGUCGAAGUGGAGAUUAUUUUCGGAUCGAUCCAGUUGUUCCUUCCAACAAUUUGCAGUGUCUGGGUGUAUUGUAUCGUCUAUCACCGGGCCUAAAUUGAGUAGGCACUUUGUGUCUGGUGCUAUUUUUCGUUCUGCAUAUUUUUUCUCUUCCUUAUCGUCAUCGUCAUCGACCUUGUCCCCGCCAUCACCAUGAGCAGUCUCCUCAGACGAAAAAAGAUGCUGCGGAACCAGCAAUAAUUUGCUAGAGCAGUUUUUGCAAAACCAACGCUCGACCGGACCAAACUCGUUGCAAUCCGAGGAAAAUUUUCCAAUCUUGUCUCUGCCUUGACGAACGAAAAUAUUGCUCCAAUCUGUCUCGAGAAAGCUUGCAUACGCACCCGUAUGAUACCGUCGGCAGCCCCGACAGUGGCAGUUUAUUGCGCGAUUCCGUGAUGUACAGUUACCAUUAUCGCCCCCUCCUUUGGCGCUUGGAUUCCCAAAUACAUCGAUCACAAGACUCCCGCAACGACAACUUGACCGAAUAGAUUUUAGUCCGGCAG